AUGGACUCUGAAUUUUAUGCAUUAUAUACAACUUUGAUUCAGGAAAGUAGUACUGGAAAGACAAAGCUUUUACAUAAGAUAGCUGAAAAUGUGAAAGCUGUUUACUACUGUCUUCGUGAGAAGAGCUCUAGCAGCUAUCCUGCAAAAUCUUACAUUGCAAACAAACUGCUUGAUAAAUCAAAAGAUGCAAAUAGUAUUAUCAUUUGUGAUACAUACUUAGCAUAUCUUAUGGCAUGUGUUGAGCAUUCGCAGCAAUUUGAGAAGUUUAACCUAUCUCUGAGGAUUUCUGAAGUUAGAGAAAAGCUUUUCCCUCCAUUCUAUAUUUCAGACAUCAUUGACAUCUAUGCAAAGGAUCCUCAAACACCUGGAAAAGCUAAAGAUCUAGCAUGCCUGUUUCAACGAGAAAGACCUUUAUAG